AUGGGGAUAUGGUUGAACCGAUCAUCUAUAGAUGGCUUCAUUCUCUUGGGCAUCUUUUCCCAGAGCCAGACUGAUGUUGUCCUUUUCUCUGUGGUUAUGGCAGUCUUCACAGUGGCCAUCUGUGGGAACCUCCUCCUCAUCUUCCUCAUCUACAUAGAUUCUCAGCUUCACACACCCAUGUACUUCUUUCUCAGUCAGCUCUCCCUUAUGGAUCUUAUGUUGGUCUGUACUAUCAUGCCAAAGAUGGCGGUCAACUUUCUCUCUGGCAGGAAGUCCAUCUCCUUUGUGGGUUGUGGCAUACAAAUUGUUUUUUUUGUCUCUCUUGUGGGAUCCGAGGGGCUCUUGCUGGGACUCAUGGCCUAUGAUCGUUAUGUGGCCAUCAGUCACCCACUUCACUAUCCUGUCCUCAUGAGUCAGAGGGUCUGUCUCCAGAUUGCUGGGAGUUCCUGGGCCUUUGGAAUACUAGAUGGAAUUAUCCAGAUGGUAGCAGCCAUGAGCUUACCUUACUGUGGUUCAAGGAAUAUAGAUCACUUCUUCUGUGAGGUGCCAGCUUUAUUGAAACUGGCCUGUACAGACACAGCACUUUUUGACACUCUGCUCUUUGCUUGCUGUGUCUUGAUGCUGCUCCUUCCUUUUUCCAUCAUCGUGGCCUCCUAUGCUCACAUCCUGAGGGCUGUGCUCCACAUGCGCUCUGCUCAGGCACGUAAAAAGGCCCUGGCCACCUGUUCCUCCCACCUAACAGCUGUCUCCCUCUUCUAUGGGGCAGCCAUGUUCAUCUACCUGAGGCCUCGGCGCUACCGGGCACCUAGUCAUGACAAGGUGGUCUCUAUUUUCUACACCGUCCUUACUCCUAUGCUCAACCCCCUCAUUUAUAGCUUGAGGAACCGGGAGGUGAUGGGGGCCCUUGGGAAGAGUCUGAACCAUUGUAGGAUUGGCAGCCCGCACUGA